AUGAAAAAUAAUUUUUAUAAGAAUUGUAACGAACUUGAUUUGUUUAAAAUUAAAACAAUCAAUAUCUCAUUAUUAAAACAUAUUGAUAGAACUACUAUACUGUUACAUAAAGAUUUGAUUAAAAAAUUAGACCAAGUUAAGAUUUUAUUCUUACUGGAUGACAAUAUAGAAUUUUAUUUAAAUCUUCAUAUUACUUACGGUAUUAAAAUAUACAAAUUAUCAGAUGAUUCAGUCAAAGAAAUAAAAAGUAAGUUUAAUUAUUGCCAUUUAGUUGGAUUUACUAAAUUGAUUAAUAAACUUUGA